AUGGCAGCACCAGCUUUACGGAUUGUUGUGGAUGGAGACAGUGACAAGGUCUAUCGAAAGGGUGACAAGAUCACAGGAAGAGUCUUCUUGCUGGUUGAUAAAGAGGUGCACAUUGAGACCCUCAAGCUCAUAUUUUCAGGCAAUAGCGUCACAAAGACGACACGGCCGUCUCACACAAGUGGUAACACUAAUGACGGGACAAGAAGACAAGAAUUCGAAGAAAAGAUACGACUGUUCAACCGCGAAAAAGAAUUUUUCAGCAACCUCACUCUUGGUCCGAAGAAGCACUCAUGGCCUUUCGAAUUUAGAUUCCCCCAGUUGACCGAACAACACUUCAAGCGACUAACCCACGGCGCAAACUAUCUCAGGGAACCGCAUGUUUUACCGCCGUCUUUCCAUCUUAAGACCAGUGUCCCGGGUGGUACGGCUCAAAUAUCAUACUUUGUACAAGCCAAAGUGGUUAUCAGCGGAUCAAAAGACACCAAGAGAUGCAAACAUGUGCUACGGUAUCAUCCGAGAUCAGAUAUCGACGAACCACGGGACGCCAAUGUCAUGUCUACUGUACUAUAUGGCCAGCAAUGGAAGCCUGCGAAAGAGAAGAACGACCCGAAAUCCCCAACGAGCAAAGCGUUGUCUCUCCGUCUAUCAAACAAGAGCCCUCGGAUCGUUCCAUGCUUCUCGUACACCGAGUCGAUUGCCCCAGGUCAACACAUUCCACUAUCAAUCUGCUUGAGGAACACACGGGAUCCAACCAAUAAGGCUCGAAGAGAGUGUAUAUUGGACUCUCUACACGUCACUAUAUCCACCUUUUCAACAGUCAUGUGCGGCCAUAGCCUGACGCUACCGGAGGACGUCGUAUCGAAACACGUCAGUUGCAUAGCCCGGACGAACAUCAACCAACGUCUUCCCUUCAACGAAAUGAAAAGACUGACGUCCAACUUCCGCUUGAUCGACGAUAACGAGUGUGUACCUACCUUCAAAACCUAUACCAUCACUCGACGAUACGCCAUGAACGUGUCCAUAGGAAUCAAAUACGGUAGUCAACAAUUCACCAUCCGGUCCAGCACACCACUCGAGAUUCUCCCUCGCAUUUCCCGUGACAAUUUACCUCUCUCGUCGGAAGAAAUCCAUGAAGUUGAACCACUGCCUCUGUACCGGCCACGAGAGCCGUCAAAGGAAUUUGCCCCGGAUUACGAGUCCAUCUACGCACUUUCACCCAUGCCCUCGAGUUCAACCUCGAAUUCGUUGUCACUGGUGGAUUCACGUAGUUCAAGCGUUUAUUCUGCAGGAUCAGGCUCAGGAUCGGGAUCGGGACACGGGACGGCAGCAUCGACGCCUGCUUCGGAGAUUGAGCAGCCGAGUCUUGAGUGCGGUCUUAUGCAAGCUGAUUGGGAUUCUGGCUAUCCAAUGUAG